AUGUUUUUAGCGCGGCAAUUUGGAAACAGCAAUUACCGAGAUGUAGGGAGUGAUCAAUGUGUGGAAGCGGUUUGGUUGUGGGGUCUUUUUCAUAUCGCCAUGUCUAAUUAUAAAUUCAUGGUACUCUAUUUCGGUAGAGGUUGGAUCUGAUACUCACAUAAAGGGCUCCACCAGUUUUCCAAAUUCAGAUAAUAUAUGGUACACAAGGAUCUCAUUAUCCUCCGUAAACGUCCACGUCGUGUGUGCUGGGCUCUGGACUUUUUGUCUGGGGGCGAACUCUGGCUUGUCUGGAGGCGCGGUUAAAAAUGAGCUGCA